AACUGAUAUAUUGCAACGCGUUUAGAUUUUUAUUGGAAAUUAUUAAAUUACUGAGUGAAAAAUGUCCUUUUUAACAGAAUAUUUCGAUGAAUAUCGACAACAUCCCAUAAGGAAGACACAAAUGUGUCGACCUGAAAACCGUUGGGCAAAACUCGAGGGCAAAUGGUUGGACCCUAAAGUAGGAUCAGAAAAUAAAGCAUGGUCUGACGAAGAGAUUGAACAAUUUAUAAAGGACACUAUGAGGAGUCUUCGGGGCCAAUCGACAUACUUCAACGACUAUUGCGCCCAUCUUUCCCAAGAAUUUAAAACGCGCCCAUUUAAACCACGUGAGAAAAGGCGUCCAUGCAAGACAGAAGAGAAGGUUGAAGAGGCUCCACCACCGCCGGCUCCGAAGCUCAACAUCAAAGACACGGAGCUGAUGAAAGUGGCCAAGGAAUUAUACGAGAGGGAUAUGAACAAACCAACCCUCGAACCUUUAAGGACAAAUUUUAGAAUUCUUGGUUACGUACGUCCAUGCCUAUACAAGACCGGUAUAUCAGAGUACCAGAAUAGUACAGCAAGAGUUGCCUAUGAAAUGAUUAGGGAUGACAGGAUACCUCGGUACCAUGCCCAUAAUGGGUGUCGACCUAGAUGGGGUCUUCCGCCAGAAGGUACCAGGCAGCCAGAGUUGGACGGAGCUCCUUUUGAUGGGGAACGAUUGUAUUAAUUUCUCUGGCAUUGAAACGACUUUAGGGAGGAUCUGAACUGUCUAUGACUUUUUUUUGGAAUUUAAUAAUAUUAUUAUUCUAUGUUUCGAAGCUUCAGAGAAGCUUAGAAGCACUUGUUCUAAAUUGUGUAUGUAUUGUCCCACAAUUUAUAAGACAUUUAAAGUAAUUUGGAGAUUUCAGCGUACAGCAUACUCAGAUAUGUUCAUUAUAUCUAAAUAAAUAUUAAUACAUAUACGAUGGAAAAUUUAAUAACUUUCAAGGAAGUAAAUUAAUAACUUAAUUAGCGACUCUGAGUACGACUAUUAAAUAUCCCCUGACUAGGUCUUAGCAAUAUAAUAUUUAAAUUUAAUUUAAUUAAAUUUUUUAACUGAACAAAUGUGAAUUAUGUACAUCCAGAAGUCUAUUUUACUUCUGAAAAUAUAUACUUCUAUGCCUUUA